UUAUCGGUGUGCUCUGGUAAACUUCGGGGAGCAGGAGUGCAUUUAAAAAUGUCAAACUCGGCAAGAUGAGGUUACGAUACUCGGUUCUGCUUUUAGUUUGCCUUUCAUGGGAUUUUCGAAUAUGUACGGGAAUAACGGUAAUAAACAAUACUACAGACUUUCAGCAAGAGUACAGACCCGAAGGUCCGCUGGUAUUGUGUAAAUUUCUGCCAAAAGAAUUUAUAGAAUGUGAAGAACCAAUUGAUCAUAAGGGUAAUAAAACUGCCAAAGAUGAAAAAGAUGGAUUUGGUUGUGUAAAGUUUGGAGGUUCCUGGUAUGAAGAUGUUGAAAAGGCUAAAGUAUCUUGUACUGUGUUACCAUACAUUGAAUGUUAUGGACCCAAAACAUUUACUCGUGAAGGAGUUCCUUGCAUAAAAUACAGUGACCAUUAUUUUGCUACUACUUUAUUGUAUAGUAUACUGUUAGGUUUUUUGGGUAUGGACCGGUUUUGUUUAGGACAAACUGGUACAGCUGUUGGCAAGUUGUUCUCAUUAGGUGGAGUAGGAGUGUGGUGGGUUUUUGAUGUAAUACUAUUAAUCACAGGUUCUUUACAACCUGAGGAUGGUAGUAAUUGGAAUCCUUAUGUAUAGCAUGUCAAAUCCAAAAAGGAAUCCCAAAAAUGUAAAAUAAGAACAACCAUUUCAUGUACUACUCUUUUUAAAUCAAGAUUUAAUAAUUUCGAAUUUACGAGA